CCUUACUCCAAGAGCACAAGAUAUUUGACAACUAGUUUUUCAAGGCAGUGAGAAUCAGAAAAACGGGGAGCAGCAAUGAUUAUUUCAGUCCACUUCACAUUUCUCUUUCUUUGGGUGACACAAGAUUUUGGGAGCUGUGUUAACAUGAAGAUACCCACUGAUUUCUUGACUGUAGUGUUAGGGGACUCUCUGACUUUAAACUGCACCUACAAUUGCUCCACUGGGUUUGUUCGUGGCUGUUGGAAGAAAGCAUUCGACAGUGGCUGCCUUGGGAUAUUGAGCAAAAGCAGUUUUUGUACAAGGUCUCUUCGUCUGUCAAAUGUGUCCACUGAAGAUCUUGAGAGGUACACUUGCUACACUGAAAACACAGAAGACCCUCAGUUUCGACAAAAAAUACAGCGCAUUGUUUUGCUGCAGCUUGAAGCUCAAACACGUGCCCCAAAUUGGACAGUUACCCCAAAGACUGAAACUAAAAAUGCAUCUCUUCCUGCUAAACCAAAAGACUCAAGUGGAGGAGAAUUUACUGGAAUUAAGGUUUUAGCAGCAGUCACCGUUGCUGUGGCUAUGGUGCUUGCAGUAUUGGCAGCUUACCUGUGUCUGAACAGGAGCAGACAGAGCUGGAAUGGUAAAGGGGAGCCUGUUGUGUCCAGGUCAUGCUCAACAUCUCACGCUGUCUUCUCACCAGUGAAGGGGUCACUGUCAGCACAAAGUGAAAGAGUAACUUUGAGGAUUCCAACAUCAGAUCAUGAGAGCGACACUGAGGUCCCAUAUGCUGACAUAAUGAUCACUGUCCGAGGUGUCAGUACGCCAGAGCUCACUCAGGUCGGCUACUUGACUGCCGGAGAUCAAAAAGAGUGGUUGCGAGAUGAAUCAAGGUCUCACCUGCAGGCCUCACGAUCAGCUGACAGAUUGCAUGUCCCCCUGCCCAGAGAGGUCAGCCGCAAGAUGAGCACCAACUCGGAAUAUGCAGUCAUCACAUAUGCCUAAGGAGAGAGAGAGAGAUAAAGGGGGGGGGGCACGUCGCCUGAUUUUGCUAUACACGCUAAUACACAUAAUUCGUCUUUUUUAAUAAUGCUAUUUUAUGUGUUUUAAUCAUAUUGUUUGCUUUAAGUCUGCUAUGUUUAUAACGAACCGACAAAUAUUCAAAUAAAGAUGU